CACGGCCAUGUACUGUCUACAGAAGGACUGAAAAUCGACCCAGAGAAAACUCAAGCAGUGUUGGACAUGCCGACGCCCACGGAUGCUAAGGCAGUGCAACGCAUGAUCGGGUUUGUGACAUAUCUGGCUAAGUUCCUGCCAGGGCUAUCGGAGAUCUGUGAGCCUCUUCGCAGACUCCUGGAUAAGGACACAGCAUGGCACUGGCUGCCAAAACACGAUGAUGCAAUACGCGAGAUAAAGCGGAUGGUCACCAACACGCCGGUUCUCAAAUAUUAUGACGUCACAAAGCCUGUAACGAUCCAGAGUUCCGACACCCCCUAUGUACGACAGGCGGUGUGUUCCAUGGACAGCUUUCAGGUGGAGGACUCAGAGCUGGAUCAGGCACAGCAUCUGGAUGUUACUGACUUCAGGUUUCGCCAAAUUGCCCAGCACACAGAGAUGGACGAUGUAUUACAAGCUUUGACAUCAGUAAUCCUCAGGGGAUGGCCUGAUUUCAAAGAGGACACCCCCCUCUUGGUGCGAGAAUACUGGCCCUUCAGGGAUGAGCUCAACGUGCAAAACAGUGUGCUAUACAGAGGGCAGUGCGUUGUUAUCCCUAAGGCCUUGAGGGCAGAGUUGUUAAGACGCAUACACACCAGCCACAUCGGGGGGAGGCAUGUUACAGGCGCGCCAGGGAUACGCUGUUCUGGCCAAACAUGAGAACAGAGAUAAAAGACUAUGUGUCGAACUGCUCUGCAUGCAAUGAAUAUGCACGAGCCCAGCAGAAGGAAUCAUUGAUGUCGCAUGAUAUCCCAACACGUCCAUGGCAAACAGUGAGUAUGGAUAUCUUCUCUUACGCUGGCCAAGAUUUCAUCGUCCUAGUGGACCACUAUUCAGACUUCUGGGAGAUUGAUCUUCUGCCGGAUCUAUCAGCUGACACUCAUCACACGCUGUAAAUCUCAAUUUGCACGCUACGGACAGCCAGACAAAGUGCUCACAGAUAAUGGCCCACAGUUUGCCUGUGAACAGUUCAGGAAGUUUGCUGCAAAGUGGGGAUUUAACCAUGUCACAUCCUCACCCAGAUAUUCAAAAUCAAACGGCAAAGCUGAGUCAGCUGUCAAGAUAGUGAAAUCACUCUGCAAGCGGGCAAAGUUGGAUGGCACGGAUAAAUGGCAGGCCAUUCUCCAUUGGCGCAACACGCCCACAGAGGGGUUGGACAGCAGUCCAGCCCAACGCUUAAUGUCACGAAGGCUGAAGACUUCGCUGCCGGUUGCGGACAGCUUGCUGCAACCGUGGUUAGUGACGGGAGUGACGGAGAAGCUGCGGUUGAAACGGCGGCUUGCAAAAUCCGCCUACGACAUAUCGGCAAGGGACUUACCAGAACUGAAUGUUGGGGAACACAUAAGGAUGAGGCCUCUUCCAGGAGAUCGCACAGGCCGUUGGCAACUGGGUCAAUGCCUCCAGAAAGUCGCUCCUCGCUCAUUCGUAGUGGAGGUGGACGGCACGCUCUACAGGAGAAACCGGGUGGAUCUGCGGGUUGCGGAGCGCUCAGCCCGGAUGCGACAGCUGGUAGGGCCGGAGCAGAGCAGCCACACGGACCGGGGCCAUGUCAACGCAGAGAGGGCUGCAGGUGGAGCUCGAACCGACCCGGUCCAGGAUGACACAGGUUUGGGGGAGCCUCCUCACUCUCCAGGGGUCCCGGCGCAAGGGCGGGGUUUGACACCAGGGAAGCCAGUGAGUACAGAGAGCCAAGCUGUAUACUCGCGGUGUGGUCGGCCGCCGCAGAGACUGAACCUGUGAUACAACUGGGAACAUUGUCACUAAGUCUGUUGGACUGUUAAGAAAAAAGAAAAAGAAAAAAAGAAUUGUUGGAUAUUAUUAUAGUUUUGUAUCGGUACUUGCAUGGUUAAUCAGUAUUGUAAUUGUUUUCAUGUAUUGGAGGUUGACAAUGUUAAAGUGUUAGCUUUACACAAUGUAGCUCUUACCUGCACUUUAAAGUGACAUGCUGAUGUUGUUUACAGCUAAAGGAAAGGAGAUGUUACAGAUAUGGGCAUCUGUUAAUGCCUGCUAUAUAGUGACGCCUGUUGGCGCUUUAGUAAACUGCAUGCUGACACAGGCUUACACUGUGAUGUACUAUAUUACAUUGCAUUUUUUUUUCUUUUUUCUUUUUUUUUCGCAAGCGCGAGAAUAUACAUGUGAUGGAGUUGUGAGUUACGGAAUAAAGCUGCAGACUGAAA